CUAAUCCAAGGAAGUUGAAAGGUCUAAAGGAGAGGUUUUAAAUACGCAAUAGAAUUAAAUUCAACGAAAUGCGGAGUGCAAUAACUCACAGCUGUCCACUAUUCCAUUUAAUGCCGCCAUUACUGACGGCCCCUCUUCACCGGGCCCGGCAAAUGGAAAGGAAAAUGCUUCAAAUCUUGAACUCUCCUUAAUGCUCUUUAUUUCUCCAUUAUGAUUUCGAUUCUUUGUUUAUUUCUUGGUUUCUUUCAUUUAUUCAAUUCAAUUACAUCUUUAUUGCGCCCAUUAUUAUAAUAAUAAUAAUUAUUAUUAUUAUGAUUAGUGGUGGUUUAUAUAUAACGGGACUGCCUCUCCAUAUCCACUCGCUGCGCUCUUCAAUUCGUCGUCUGGUUUCUCAUCUCAUCAUAAAAUAAAAAACAGAAUUCCGCCGUCAUCAAUGGCAGCUGAUGUGAGCUCCCUGGUGAGGAUGAUGAGCGGUCGGGAAUUGAAUGAAUCUGGUGGCGGCAAGUCAACGGCCCCCCCGAUCACAAGGGACCUCCUUGGCGGGUGUUGCUCCCUUGACUCCAAGGAGUUGGACCUUGACUUGCAGGUUCCUUCUGGUUGGGAAAAGCGCCUCGACUUGAAGUCAGGGAAGGUGUAUCUCGAGAGGUGCAGUUCGUCGCUGAGAUCGGGAGAAAAGAAGAAUGAGAGAUGGUGGGAUGGAAAGCUGGAGCAAGACCUCAACUUUCCACCAUCGUCGUCCUUGUCCCCCUCUUCGAAAGCAGGGAAAGUUGAGAGGAAGUUGUUAGAGUUGAAGCUGGUUAAUACUGCACCGCAGCUGCCACCGUGCCAACAGCAGCAGCUGCCGAGCGUGUGCACCCUGGAGAAAGUAAAAUCUGCACUCGAACGGGUGGUGGAAAAAGAGGAAUCAAGCAGCAGCAGCGGUGGCAGGAAGCGCGCCAUCUCGCUCUCCAACUCAUCUUCCUCGCCCCCACUCUCCCAUUCCCGAGAUUAUUAUGAAGUUGAUCUUCAUCAACAGAACCCCAGCAGCAGCAGUCAUUGUACUAGUAGUGAAUCUGCUGCUUCUUCUUCUUCUUCUUCAUUUGCUGCCGGUUGCCCUUGUUGUUUGCUCUAUGUUAUCAUCUCAAAGAGCAGUCCUAGAUGCCCCCGAUGUAACACUAUUGUUACUUCCCCGACCCUCGAUAACAAAAAGCCUCGCAUAGAUCUUAACAUUUCUAUUUAAUUUUAAAUAUAAUCACAUAUACUCUACUCCGUAUCAUAUAUGUAUGGAGGUUUGUUUUUCUUCUGCUUUUACUUUUAGUUUGUAAGGAUAUAUAGAUCAAUAUAUAUUUAUAAAUGUAUGUAUAUAUACAGUAAUGUCUGCAAUUAAAUAUAGAACAUUAUAUAGAAGCUUAAUCUAUCUGCAUUGCUUUGUUGGAAGAAUGAUAGAUGAAACCAUAGCUUCUUCUAUACAUUUCAUCUUUGAAAUUCAAAUAUGUCGUUUACUUCAAGCUG